AUGCAGCCCCAAUGCUUACUUAAGGCUCAGGUUGUGGCUGAUGGCACUGCCAUGGUGACUGACCCCAUGGGCCGCAAGCUCUACUACCUUGUGAAUGGCAUGGUCUGCAGGUCCGAGCUCGACGGGUCCUGUCCUGCUGUCUACGCGUGCAUGAGACCUGCAACCACAAUCAGCUCCUUCGCCCUCAACGUCAAGCAGCGCCUCAUCUUCUACAGCGAGGGCAACAGGCCUGGCUGCAACAUCCGCCGAGCUCGAUGCGUCCCAGAAGUCACCGGUGCUGGCCUACUCCUGUCCCCUCACUCAGCGGCGCUACCCUCCGGUGUCGCUCGCCUCCGAUCCGGUCCCCGCGUCCUGUACCAGCUCGAGUGCCCCGGCACCUCGUCUACGCUCCUCGCUUCGUUCUACACUCGACCUGCAACACAAGACGCUCUUCUUGAGCAAUUCGUCCGGCAAGACGCUCCUCCGCUGUCCGCUCUCUGGCCAGGCGUCCUCCACUUGACCUGCUUCGAUCUUCACCUCAAUCCGCACCCUCGGCUCAUCGCGAUCGCUGUCGAUGCCCCGCGGUGCCAGCUCUAUGCCAUCGCCAAGCCUAGCUACACCGUGUACGUGAACGCCAGCGCCUUCUGGGUCGAUUCCGCCCUGGGGCUCUUCUACUGGACCGAGCGCCUCCGGCUCGACACGCGUGUGGCGCACCUCGACUUCCUCGAUCACUUGGCGACGGUGUUGCUGGUGCCGCUGGCCAACAGCAAGACCGUGCUGGUGGACGACCUGCGCGGCUGGAUCUACUGGAGCGACGCCUCCCAGGGGCGGUGCUUCUGGAUCGGCGAGUACUACAAGAUGACGCAAACCAGGCUGCAGGCGGUCGAGCCCGUCACCGGCGACCUGAUAGUCUUGGCCUAUGACGCCUCGGUUCCUGAUGUGAGGGUGAAGCGGCGCAGCCUUGCCACCGGCGAGGUCUCCGUCUUGCUCUCAGUUCGCUUAGGCAUCUUUGGCCCGCUCUCGGGGCUCGGCGCAGCGCAGCUCGACCCUCGCGCCGGCGUGGAAGCCAACAGAGCGGACCAGGGCUUCAUCGCCACGGCGUGCACCGGCUAG